UGAUUGUCACCAACGACUCGGCGAGAGUUUGUUAUUAAUACAAAGGAUAAAGUUAUUAAUUUGUAAUAGUGAUUGAAUUAACUGGUUUUUUUUUCUAUUAGUCUUUCAAUAAGCGUUACUACUGAUCGCCUCACUUUACGUCGAAGAAAUGGCAGACGAAAGAAACUUUCGAUCGUCUUAUUAUGAAAAAGUUGGCUGCCGCGGUGUAGAGGAGAAGAAAUCUUUGGAAAUACUUAUGAAAGAGAAGCCCUGGGACAGGGUUAAGCUUAAACAAUUCUGUCUACGUUUUACUGUUCCUGCUGCUUAUAGGAAUUUGGUAUGGAAAGUGUUACUCGAUAUUCUCCCAGUUUAUGCAGAUUCACACCAAUUUGUAGCAGAGCAACGCACAGACCAAUAUAACCAUAUGCUGUAUGCAGUGGAAAUGUUAGAACUAGUUGAUAUGAAAGCCCCUCGCAGUGAGAUUCUUCUAGCUAUGUGGCUACUUGAAAAUGAAGAACGGAAACCACCUAAAUUCCCAGAAACCAAUUAUAAUUCGGCUGACACAUUUAUACCAAUAGCCAACACAUUACUCCAGCUUUACGAUGAUGAGGUGGAUGUCUAUUGGCUAAGUAAGAUGCUGACAGAGAUAGUUCGUAACAUGCAAAAAGAAUUACCAAAAUUGAAGGAAGCCUUUCAAAGCAUGCUCGAAAAGGAAGAUGGGGAACUAUAUAACCAUCUUGUCGAGAAGAAAGCACUAGACGUUUUACCUUUGACAAAAUGGUUCAAUUGCUGUUUUGCUGGAGUAUUAGACGACACAUCUCUUACAAAGAUAUGGGAUAAAAUCUGUAGUGGGGCACCAAAGAUCCUGUCCUUUGUGGCUGUGACACUAGUUAUAACUUUAAGAAGAAAUAUACUUAAAGCCAGAAAUGGUGAUGAAGUACUUAAGUGUGUAUCAGAGAUACCUGAACAAUGUGAAGAGGUGGUAGCGAAUAAAGCCAUUGAAUUAUGGCAAUACUACGCUCAACCUCAGAACGAUCAGCUUGCGAAGAAAUGAUGUAUGACCUUCUAAUGAGUUCGCCUCAUUAGAAGAAAACAUUUGACAGUGCCGACAGCCACUCAACCUACCAAAUUAUUGAAAUUUAUUUGAUAAAACCUUUAAAGCUCAUUAGUUAUUAACGUUAACGGCACAGGUUCUAUCAUGCUCUCUUGGACUAUUAACUAAUGUACUGUGGCAAGUGUUACGGUUAGGGGGAUAAGGAAGAUGUAUAUA